AUGGCCUUUCAGUCUAUCAGCAGUGGUUUCGUGAACACAAACAUCAGCCUUGCAUUAGACCCGACUGGUCAGUACCAGCAUUGCAGUCUGCACUAUCCCCGAGUUGCCAUUGUUGGCCAGAGGCUGUAUCUCGAUGGGGGAGAAACACGGAUGAUGAUAGGUGAUGAUGGUGAGAACGCGUUCUGGGAGGUCAAUGCACGCAUGUUGGCGAUGGACCUUACCCAACCUUUCAACUACUCACAUUACACAAUCACGUCCGCCAGCCACCCCUACGAUAUACCCGCUCUCGCAGGGGGCGUUGCUUAUGUCCCUUCGGAUGUUUCGGACACAAAAUUCUACGCUUUUGCUGGAAACUACCCAUCUACAAAUAUUUCUGCAAUUUCAUAUACACCACCUCCUCAGAAUUUCGAUCAAGUCGGUCUCCUCUGGUCAUAUGACACCAGAUCCGGCUUGUGGGCUACCGAAUAUGGUGCUGGUGUCGUCACUGGGCUUCAGGGCGGGAGUGCCGCCACGAAUCCGUUCCUGAACGAAGCGUACUAUCUAGGAGGCAUCCAAGACAACUGGGUCAUCAAGAAUAGUGGCGGUUUCUUUGUGGAGGGAAUGGUUGCUUUGAAUAUGAACAGGACCGACCGAAGUUGGAGAAACGAGAGUGUCCCGGGGCUAUCCACCUUUGGUGGCUUUAUGGAAUAUCUCCCUGUUGGCGACCAGGGUGCUCUCAUCGCCUUUGGAGGUCAAGGCUAUCAAGCAGGUGUCCUGGGCGGUAGCCCUUCUGUUGGCUUGGACAUGAGCCUGAUUCAAGUAUAUGACGCCGCUGAGCGCACAUGGAAGACUCAGAAAGCAUCCGGCGUCCCGGGUUCCGAAACAAUAAUCCCUGCGACCCGUAUACUCGGCUGCUCCGUCAUGGUCCCAGCUCCUGACAAUUCAAGCUACAAUAUCUAUGUCUUUGGCGGGGAAGUCCAAAUUGGCGGACCACGAGUCAAAGAUAUCUGGGUUUUGACUCUACCCAACUUCACGUGGAUAAAGCUAGCCAACGACAGAGUAGGAUCGGUAGGAUCAACCUGUCGCCGCAUCGCAAACCAAGCGCUUCUGUUUGGUUCAGCGGCAGCGUCCGAAACCGAGUGCCAGGCCUUUUUCAGCAUUUUCGAUCUGACAUCUCUGGAAUGGACCAACUCAUACAACCCCAGUGCAGCAGCAUAUCUUGUUCCCCCUGCGAUCAGCUCUGUGAUCGGUGGAAAUCUUACAGGCGGUGCAACUAAAUUGUCUCCUAAUCAAAUUGCUGGACCGUGGAUGGACUCGUUAGAAGAACUAUUUUCAAGGACGCCAUGGGGUCCCGCCAAUUUCUCCUCGAGACUUACGAGGAAUGGAGACAUAUCUGCGGGAAAUCCCACAUCAGCUACUUCUACUAAUCUAUCGGGUUCUCCAAGCUCAAGCAGUACCACCACGCCACCAUCUUCCGGGAAGGAACAUGUCCCAUUAUCUGUCGGCCAGGUCGCGGGGAUUACUGUAAGUGCAGUUGCGGCUAUCCUAGUCCUCAUUGGUGGUGUCAUGCUCUGGCACUGGAUACUGCGGAAGAAGGACAAAGCAGAGGAAAAUCCACGCCCUAGUCCGCCGAAUGAUCCGGUCAAGGAUCCGCUCAUGGGUUGGAAGUAUGAACUCCCUGCGGAUCAGCAUUGUGCUCAAAGCCUAGCCCCGAGGAAUUUGGAUGACAUACCCACUGACAGAGAAGCUUUGCCACUCGACCAGCCAUCGGAGAUGAUCGCACAAGACAUCUUGUCUGAGGGACAAUCAUCUAUCAUCGCACGAGAAUCAGCAGAAGGCAGUGCAGCAGGAUAUGUAACUGCAUCAGAAAUUUGCAUUGGUUCUGGACCGGAAACCCACUUGUCUGGUGACGUACGAUCUUGA